AAACUUGUGAAGUUUUAUUCUAUCAGAAAUGGAUACCAAUAAAAUGCAGCUUCUUCUUGAUGCUCCUGGCAUUAAAGGAAAAUCUGUGAAAAUACUAUCUAACCAUUCUUUAAUUGAUUAUGUUCAAUCUAUCAUUCUCAAUACCCAAGUUAACAAAGACCCAUUUUAUAUUCUAGAUUUAGCCGCUGUUGCUUCACUUAUGGAAAAUUGGUCUCGUCAGCUUCCUAUGAUUCAACCUUUUUAUGCUGUCAAAUGCAAUUCAGAUCCUUCGCUUCUUGCCGCACUUGCUGCGCUUGGCUGCAACUUUGACUGCGCGAGUAAGGCCGAGAUUCUGUCCGUUAUAUCGCUCGGAGUCUCACCUGAUCGUGUAGUCUAUGCAAAUCCUUGCAAAGCUGAAACGCAUCUAAAAUACGCUGCUAACGUUGGCGUGAAUCUAACAACAUUUGAUUCAAAAUACGAAAUCGAUAAGAUCUCGAAACUGCAUCCAAAAUGUUCUUUGUUGCUCCGCAUUAAAGGUCCGCCCGAUAGUGCAUCCAAGUGGGCGCCAUUAGGUUCGAAAUUCGGCGCUCUUCCAGAAGAAGUUGAGCCGCUUCUGAAAGCUGCUCAUGAUUCCGGGUUAACUGUGUCAGGUAUCUCCUUUCACAUCGGAAGCGAAUCAACCAAUCCUCAUUCGUUCCGCUCAGCUAUUGCUGCUUCCAAGGUCGCAUUUGAUUCUGCCACUAAACUAGGCCUGCCGCCAAUGACUAUUCUUAACAUUGGCGGUGGGUUCACUGCGGGUUCUUUUUUCGACGAAGCAGCUAUAAUAAUCCAAUCCGCCCUGCAGGAUUAUUUCCCCAAUAAUCCAAAACUGACCGUCAUAUCCGAGCCUGGCAGAUACUUUGCCGAGACAGUUUUCACUCUAGCAACCAACAUUAUCGGAAAGCGUGUGCGCGGAGAAAUGAGAGAGUAUUGGUUAAAUGAUGGUGUUUUCGGAUCAUUUCUAUGCGUUGCUUAUGGCAUUGCACCUCCCGCGAGCAUGGCUCUAGCGUUAUCUUCAAAUUACUCGAACCCUACGUGCGAAGGGAUGCCGACGCACAAGUCGACAUUGUUCGGACCUACGUGUGAUUCUGUUGAUAAAGUUAUGGAGGACACUGAAUUACCUGAAUUGGAGACAAAUGAUUGGCUUAUGUUUCCAAAAAUGGGUGCCUAUUCAACUGCCUGUUCAACCAAAUUCAAUGGUUUCAGUUCAGAUGUUGUCUUCACUUAUCUUGUAAUAUGAUUAUUAGUCGAAUUAAAAUAAACUUUGCAUCAGAUAAUAUUGUAUUCUUGUUUCGUGUUUACAAUUGUCUUUAACAUUCAACGA